AUCAAAUUGAAGCUGUUCUCCAUCAAUAUCUGGAAGAGGGUUCUUCCUACAGUUGAAGCUUACAUAGCCAAACACCGGUGAGUCAAAAUUAUGUUUGGUAUUCUCUGUAUAAGACUACAAAUUUUAGUAGUACCUAGUAGGUGUAUUGCUGUGCCGAGCUCAAUUUCCCAUCUGGGUUUUCCUCAAAUUCCCUUAUUUGUUGUCAAUUAUUUCUCAUCAGGUCUCAUAGAUGAUAAAAAAAACAAUUUUACUGUGUCAUUCCUUGUAAACUCAUGUGGGUUGUCUUUAGAAAGGGCUAAACAUGCAUCUCAGAGGGUAAAUUUUGAGACUUCUGAGAGACCAAACUUGGUUCUUAAUCUUCUCAAGAACCAUGGAUUCACCAAUGCCCAGAUCUCUAAAGUUGUCAAGGCUGAGCCAUAUUUGCUUUUGUCAGAUCCUGAGAAGACCCUUCUGCCCAAAUUUGAGUUUUUGGGUUCUAUUGGGCUUUCGGACGCGGAAUGUGCUAACAUAAUCUCAGGUUGUCCAUCUGUACUGGGUAGAAGCAUUAAGAAUCAUCUUAUGCCCAUGUAUGAUUUCUUCAAGAGUAUAGUUGUUAGGGAUGAAAAAGUUGUUAAAACUUUCAAGCUAGCUCGCCGGGGUCUUUCUCAGGAUGUACAAAAGAAUCUUGCUCCCAACUUGGCAAUUUUAAGAGAAAUUGGAGUGCCUCAGUCUUCCAUCUGUCUCUUAUUGAGUUGUUUUCCUUCUACAGCAUUCCUUAGGCAUGCUAAGUUUGAAGAGAUUGUCAAGGAGGUAACAAAUUUAGGAUUCAACCCCGAAAAAUCGGCUUUUAUCCAUGCAAUUCAUGUACUUGCUUCAUUAAGAAAAGUGAACUGGGAGCACAGGUUUGAGGUGUAUCAGAGGUGGGGUUGGUCCAAGGAUCGGACUCUCUUUGCAUUCAAAAAGCAUCCGGGUUGUAUGUGUUUAACUGAAGAGAGGAUCACGAAAGCAAUGGACUUCCUUGUGAAUAGAAUGGGUUGGCCUUCAGAACAUAUUUCCAGAAAUCCAAUAGUUUUACUUUUCAGCUUGGAGAAGAGAACUAUACCUCGGUGCUCAGUUUUUCAGAUUUUGUUAUCCAAGGGGUUGAUCAGGAAAGAUUCGGCACUAUUCACUAUCUUAAAACCAAAGGAGAAAGACUUCUUGGAGAACUAUGUGACGAAAUUUCAGCAAAAUAUCCCUCAACUGUUGGAGGUCUAUCAAGGAAAGUCAGAUCUUCUGGAUCUAGGAAUUGGAUCAGAGAGAAUUUCUGAAAUUAAACCAUUGUAGGAUGUUCAUUUUUGAAAUCAAAGUACUUGUUUCUUUCAUGUUUUUCGCUAUUUUUAGAUUUAAUGAAUGAUUUAUCUACAUUACAUUA